GACGCGGAUCGGACAAGUUGUCGAUUGAAAAACGGUGGGCACUCGCAGAGGAUCUAUUCGAAUCCUAUCGUAUCGAAUCGAACCGAAAAAAUACGUUAGUUUAAUUAGGCCAUUCGUAUUUUCUGCGGCUCCACAUAAAUGCUGACAACUGGCCAUGUCUUGGCCAAAACAAUGGGGCUACGCUAGCCUCUGGCUGCCUUUGCUGAUCGGCCUGCUCUACACACAAAAUGCAUCAGCUUUCAUUGUGCCAAGGGAACUACCGUCCAUAUUAUCCAUAGUUUACUCCAACAUACCACCGAUUAAAAAGGGAACUGAUUCCCGUUUGGGCUUUGGCUUUCGCCUGGGCGAGCAUGCGGACUUUCAAGUGAUGGUGGAACUGGGUCCUCAGAAGGAGACCCGACCCAUUGGCGAUCCCAACCAGGAUGAUCAAUCGUUCAAUAAGCGCCAGGUGAGCCAAGGCGAUCAGAAGGCCCUGGCACGCCAACUUUACCGCCAGCAGGUGAAAGAGGAGGCCCAGAGAUUGAUGACCUCCACGGAGAAAAAUGGGGCCAGCUGGCUGGAGAUCUGGUCGAAUGGCAUGAAACCGCAAAAGCCCAAAAGCCAAAAGGACCGGGCUAAAAGGCCGGUGGUUAAAGAAAGUUCCCAAGAGCCCCCGAAUGCCAUGCAGCAGCUGCAGUUACUCUACAAAAUGGCCACCAGUUCCAGCACCACCAGUAGCACCACCACCACCACCGAGAUUCCUCCUGUCUUCCAAGGAGGAUCCCUCAAUCUAGGUGGUCCAAGUGGCUUUAAGCUGCCACCGCCUGCUCUCAGCCAGGAUACAAACACGCUGAGCAAUCCUGAUCCCCUCAAGAACCCAAGUGAGAUCACCAAGGACCUCAUGAAUGUCAGUCUGGAGUCGGACACUACUAGUUAAUGAUCAGUGAUCACUAUAUACCUGUGUAUAUGGGUGCUUAGCAAAUCUGUGUGUAGUAUCGCUUAGCUAUGUUUCUGUAAAUAAACUUUAAACUUAACUUAAGUUAGCGAAAUGUUAUAUUGAGCUGCCUAAAAGUAGGCAAUAAGAAAUUAACAAAAGUAAAUAUCUAAUAAUGAUCAUGUAAAAUAAAAACGUGUAGAGUCUUAAAAAUGUAAAAUUAUGUU